AUGUACAACGCGAGAACAGUGUCCACCGACGCUGACCUGCAUGCCCUUCUCCGAGCUGCAGAGCGUAUCAAAUUUUACGUGAUUGCUCUGCAGGAGACAAAGUGCAGAAGGAGCGACGUACGACAGAUGAAUGACGGUACACUAGUCAUUCGUGAAGAGAAGGUCCCGUUGCGAAAUGUAGGCGGUGUUGGUUUUGCUGUGCACCCAUCAGUCGUCCACCUUGUCGAUUCUCACGAGACCCUGCCACCUCGUAUGGCCAUUCUUCGCUUCCGCCCUCUGCGCCAAAAAUCAAUCAGUAUCAUCAACUGCUACUCACCAACAUCAGCAGCUGAUGAACCCGAAUUGGACGCGUUUUACGAGGAGCUGGAGGAAGUGAUCCACAACUAG